GGCCCGUCCCAUGUGAAGUUGCUUCACUGCUCUGACUGCGUCCUCCCCAGGCUGAAGUGUCCUCAGGUUUCACGUGGAUUUGCCCAGUAAUGGAUGGCUUCACCGAGUCCAGGUUGGGGAAGUUCAGCCUCGAGGACACUAGGGGACGAAAAACUUCAAAAAGAAGACUCUUUUUAUUAAUAUUUUGGCGUUCUUUUUGGAGAGGAACUUUUGGGAUGUAGCCUUUACCUGUUUCCUAAAUUUGACAUCCAGAAAGCCUUUUGGAAAACACCAUUCUAAAUUUAUCCUGUUCUGAAUCAUCAUUGCUUCUGAUAGAUGCAGUUGCUUGUUGACAUCGUGAUCUUUGAUUUUGUACAACGCUAUUCGGGCUAACGUUUGGGAUUUUACUUUGUGCUUAGAAUUUGAAAGUAGUAUUCAUUGGAAAGAGACUCCAAGAAAAUACUCGAAGACACCCAAAGCUGGAUUCGAGGAUAUAACGUGUUUUGUUUUGUUUUUUAAAUUAGAAAAAUAAGGAAUUGCAGUGUGAUUUUCUUUCCUCCUUUAACUUAGAGGAACGAGGAUUAUACAGAAAUUUGAAACUUCAACAAGAAAAACUUAAGCUUCGUUGGAUUCCCACGUCAAAGGAAAGUUUCAAGCUUUCAGAAGGAGUUCUCACUCGAAGAUAAAGAACAGCUCGCUAACCACAAAAGAGGAACUGAUGCUAAGCUUUUAGUUGCACUUCCUAAAGUUGCAGAAUUAAGACAAAUCUUUGAACCAAAGAAAAAAGAAUUCUUAGAAAUGAAAAGAAAAGAAAGAAUUGCCAGGCGCCUGGAAGGGAUUGAAAAUGACACCCAGCCCAUCCUCCUGCAGAGCUGCACAGGGUUGGUGACUCACCGCCUGCUGGAGGAAGACACCCCUCGAUACAUGCGAGCCAGCGACCCUGCCAGCCCCCACAUCGGCCGAUCAAAUGAAGAGGAGGAAACUUCUGAUUCUUCUCUAGAAAAGCAAACUCGAUCCAAAUACUGCACAGAAACCUCUGGCGUCCACGGUGACUCACCCUACGGUUCAGGUACCAUGGACACCCACAGUCUGGAGUCCAAAGCCGAAAGAAUUGCAAGGUACAAAGCAGAAAGAAGGCGACAGCUGGCAGAGAAAUACGGGCUGACCCUGGAUCCUGAGGCCGACUCUGAGUAUUUAUCCCGCUAUACCAAGUCCAGGAAGGAGCCUGAUGCUGUCGAAAAACGAGGAGGAAAAAGUGACAAACAGGAAGAGUCAAGCAGAGAUGCGAGUUCUCCGUACCCCAAGGACUAUGCCCUCCGUGGGGGUGAUGGUGCUUCCGACACGGAGGUGCUGCUGAACGUAGAAAACCAAAGACGAGGUCAAGAGCUGAGUGCCACCCGGCAGGCCCAUGACCUGUCCCCAGCAGCAGAGAGUUCCUCAACCUUCUCUUUGUCUGGGCGAGACUCCUCCUUCACCGAAGUGCCACGGUCCCCAAAGCACAUGCACAGCUCCUCCCUGCAGCAGGCGGCCUCCCGCAGCCCCUCCUUCGGUGACCCACAGCUGUCCCCUGAGGCCCGACCCAGUACAGGGAAACCCAAACAUGAGUGGUUUCUCCAGAAAGAUUCCGAAGGGGACACACCUUCACUUAUCAACUGGCCGUCCAGAGUUAAAGUUAGAGAAAAAUUGGUGAAAGAGGAAAGUGCUCGAAACAGCCCUGAACUCGCCUCAGAGUCCAUAACUCAGAGGAGACACCAGCCAGCGCCAGUCCAUUACCUGUCAUUUCAGUCCGAGCACUCGGCCUUUGAUAGGGUCCCCAGCAAGGCAGCAGGCUCUGCACGACGGCCAAUCCGUGGCUAUGUCCAACCCGCGGAUACCGGUCACACCGCCAAGCUGGUGACGCCAGAAACCCCAGAAAAUGUAUCUGAGUGUAGCUGGGUAGCAUCAGCCACCCAGAAUGUCCCCAAACCUCCUCCCUUGAAGGUUCUAGAAGGUGAUGGAAGGGAUAGCCCAGUUCUCCAUAUCUGCGAGUCAAAAGCAGAAGAAGAAGGAGGAGGAGAAGAAAAAGAAGAAGAAGAUGUGCUCUUCACUGAAGCUCUCGAGCAAAGCAAGAAAACCUUACUGGCUUUGGAGGGUGACGGGCUUGUGAGAAGCCCAGAAGAUCCCUCUAGAAACGAGGACUUUGGUAAGCCUGCUGUGAGCACAGUCACCUCAGAGCAUCAGAAAGAACCGGAAAGCAUGGCGCACCCCCCUCAAGCUCAGCACCAGCCCACUGAGAGGACAGGCAGGAGCGAGAUGGUUCUCUACAUUCAAAGUGAGCCUGUGUCCCAAGACGCCAAACCAACUGGUCACAACAAGGAAGCCUCGAAAAAGCGCAAGGUCCGUACCCGCUCUCUGUCAGAUUUCACAGGCCCCCCUCAACUCCAGGCCUUGAAGUAUACGGACCCAGCUUCCAGGAGAGAGCUGGAGCUGCCCAGCUCCAAGACUGAAGGGCCCUAUGGGGAGCUCAGCAUGCUGGACACAAAGGUCUCUGUCGCCCAGCUCCGAAGUGCGUUCCUGGCAUCUGCCAACGCCUGCAGGAGACCUGAACUCAAAUCACGGGUGGAGAGGUCGGCCGAAGGACCUGGCUUGCCCACCAGUGUGGAACGGGAGAGAGGGUCCCGGAAACCAAGACGCUAUUUUUCUCCUGGUGAAAGUAGAAAAACUUCCGAGAGAUUUAGAACCCAACCUGUAACUUCAGCAGAACGAAAGGAAUCAGAUAGGUGCACUUCACAUUCAGAAAUGCCAGCUAUCGAUGAUGAAGAAAAGGUGGAUGAACGAGCCAAGCUAAGUGUUGCCGCCAAGAGGUUGCUUUUCAGGGAGAUGGAAAAAUCUUUUGAUGAACAAAAUGUUCCAAAACGACGCUCAAGAAAUGCGGCUGUGGAGCAGAGGCUACGCCGUCUACAGGACAGGUCCCUCACCCAGCCCAUCACCACCGAGGAGGUGGUCAUCGCAGCCACUGAACCUAUCCCUGCUUCGUGUUCUGGGGGCACCCACCCUGUAAUGGCGAGACUUCCUAGCCCCACUGUAGCUAGGAGUGCUGUGCAGCCUGCCAGAUUACAGGCCUCUGCUCACCAAAAGGCUUUAGCCAAGGACCAGACAAAUGAGGGCAAAGAGCUUGCUGAGCAAGGAGAACCUGAUUCCUCCACUCUAAGCUUAGCCGAAAAGUUGGCCUUGUUUAACAAAUUAUCCCAGCCAGUCUCAAAAGCGAUUUCUACCCGGAACAGAAUAGACAUGAGACAGAGGAGAAUGAACGCUCGCUAUCAAACUCAGCCAGUCACGCUGGGAGAGGUGGAGCAGGUGCAGAGUGGAAAGCUCAUUCCUUUCUCACCUGCCGUGAACACAUCGGUGUCUACCGUAGCAUCCACGGUCGCUCCAAUGUAUGCCGGGGAUCUUCGCACGAAGCCACCUCCUGACGACAAUGCAAGUGCCACUGACUAUAAGUUUUCUUCUUCAAUAGAAAAUUCGGACUCUCCAGUUAGAAGCAUUCUGAAAUCGCAAGCUUGGCAGCCCUUGGUAGAGAGUAGCGGGAACAAGGGAAUGUUGAGAGAAUAUGGAGAGACAGAAAGCAAGAGAGCUUGGACAAGUCGAGACAGUGGGAUGGAGAAGUAUGGGUCCUUUGAGGAAGCAGAAGUGUCGUACCCCAUCCUGAACAGAGCCAGGGAAGGAGACAGCCAUAAGGAACCUAAAUAUGCCGUUCCCAGAAAAGGAAGCCUGGAACGAGCGAAUCCUCCCAUCACCCACCUUGGGGAUGAACCGAAGGAAUUUUCCAUGGCUAAAACCAAUGCACAAGGAAACUUGGACUUGGGCGACAGGCUGCCCUUUGAAGAGAAGGUGGAGGUGGAGAAUGUUAUGAAAAGGAAGUUUUCACUAAGAGCGGCAGAGUUCGGGGAGCCCACUUCCGAGCAGACGGGGACAGCUGCUGGGAAAACUGUUGCUCAAACCGCAGCCCCGGUGUCCUGGAAGCCCCAGGAUUCUUCGGAACAGCCACAGGAGAAGCUCUGCAAGAAUCCAUGUGCGAUGUUUGCUGCUGGAGAGAUCAAAACGCCGACAGGGGAGGGCCUUCUUGACUCACCCAGCAAAACCAUGUCUAUUAAAGAAAGAUUGGCACUGUUGAAGAAAAGUGGAGAGGAAGAUUGGAGAAACAGACUCAGCAGGAGGCAGGAGGGCGGCAAGGCUCCGGCCAGCAGCCUGCACACCCAGGAAGCAGGGCGGUCCCUCAUCAAGAAGGAAGAAGGAGGAGUUGCGGAUGAUAUUGCCAUUUCUAAUCUGCUUUGGGAACCUGUAUAUGCUUCUACUUAUUCUCCUGCUAUUCCUGCUGCCCAUAAAUACCUGUCUUUUGUGUCGAUUAAUCAGCGGGUCACAGAAAGUCGAGAGAGCCAGAUGACGAUUGAGGAAAGGAAGCAGCUCAUCACUGUGAGAGAGGAGGCCUGGAAGACGAGAGGCAGAGGAGCGGCCAACGACUCCACCCAGUUCACUGUGGCUGGCAGGAUGCUGAAGAAAGGUUUGGCGUCACCCACUGCCAUAACCCCAGUAGCCUCACCCAUUUGCAGUAAAACAAGAGGCACCACACCCGUUUCCAAACCCCUGGAAGAUAUCGAAGCCAGACCAGAUAUGCAGUUGGAAUCGGACCUGAAGUUGGACAGGCUGGAAACCUUUCUGAGAAGGCUGAAUAACAAAGUUGGCGGGAUGCAGGAAACGGUGCUCACUGUCACCGGCAAAUCUGUGAAGGAGGUGAUGAAGCCAGAUGAUGAUGAAACCUUUGCCAAAUUUUACCACAGCGUGGAUUAUAAUAUGCCCAGAAGUCCUGUGGAGCUGGACGAGGACUUCGAUGUCAUUUUCGAUCCUUAUGCACCCAAAUUGACGUCUUCUGUGGCCGAGCACAAGCGCGCAGUUAGGCCAAAGCGCCGGGUUCAGGCCUCCAAAAAUCCCCUGAAAAUGCUGGCGGCAAGAGAAGAUCUCCUUCAGGAAUACACCGAGCAGAGAUUAAACGUCGCCUUCAUGGAGUCAAAGCGGAUUAAAGUAGAAAAGAUGUCUUCCAACUCCAACUUCUCGGAAGUCACCCUGGCGGGUUUAGCCAGUAAAGAAAACUUCAGCAACGUCAGCCUGCGGAGCGUCAACCUGACGGAACAGAACUCCAACAACAGCGCUGUGCCCUACAAGAGGCUGAUGCUGUUGCAGAUUAAAGGAAGAAGACACGUGCAGACCAGGCUGGUGGAACCGCGAGCUUCGGCACUCAACAGUGGGGACUGCUUCCUCCUGCUCUCUCCCCACUGCUGCUUCCUGUGGGUAGGAGAGUUUGCAAACGUCAUAGAAAAGGCAAAGGCCUCAGAACUUGCAACUUUAAUUCAGACAAAGAGGGAACUUGGUUGUAGAGCUACUUAUAUUCAAACCAUCGAAGAAGGAAUUAAUACACACACUCAUGCAGCCAAAGACUUCUGGAAGCUUCUGGGUGGCCAAACCAGUUACCAAUCUGCUGGAGACCCAAAAGAAGAUGAACUCUAUGAAGCAGCCAUAAUAGAAACUAACUGCAUUUACCGUCUCAUGGAUGACAAACUUGUUCCUGAUGAUGACUACUGGGGGAAAAUUCCAAAGUGCUCCCUUCUGCAACCCAAAGAGGUACUGGUGUUUGAUUUUGGUAGUGAAGUUUACGUAUGGCAUGGGAAAGAAGUCACAUUAGCACAACGAAAAAUAGCAUUUCAGCUGGCAAAGCACUUAUGGAAUGGAACCUUUGACUAUGAGAACUGUGACAUCAAUCCCCUGGAUCCUGGAGAAUGCAAUCCGCUUAUCCCCAGAAAAGGACAGGGGCGGCCCGACUGGGCGAUAUUUGGGAGACUUACUGAACACAAUGAAACAAUUUUGUUCAAAGAGAAGUUUCUGGAUUGGACGGAACUGAAGAGACCGAAUGAGAAGAACCCCGGGGAACUUGCCCAGCACAAGGAAGACCCCAGGGCUGAUGUCAAGCCGUACGAUGUGACACGGAUGGUGUCCAUGCCCCAGACGACAGCAGGCACCAUCCUGGACGGGGUGAACGUCGGCCGUGGCUAUGGCCUGGUGGAAGGACAUGACAGGAGGCAGUUUGAGAUCACCAGUGUCUCCGUGGAUGUCUGGCACAUCCUAGAAUUCGACUAUAGCAGGCUCCCCAAACAGAGUAUUGGGCAGUUCCACGAGGGGGAUGCCUAUGUGGUCAAGUGGAAGUUCAUGGUGAGCACGGCAGUGGGAAGUCGCCAGAAGGGAGAGCACUCGGUGAGGGCGGCUGGCAAAGAGAAGUGCGUCUACUUCUUCUGGCAAGGCCGGCACUCCACAGUGAGUGAGAAGGGUACGUCGGCGCUGAUGACGGUGGAGCUGGACGAGGAAAGGGGGGCCCAGGUCCAAGUUCUCCAGGGAAAGGAGCCCCCCUGUUUCCUGCAGUGUUUCCAGGGGGGGAUGGUGGUGCACUCCGGGAGGCGGGAAGAGGAAGAAGAAAAUGUGCAAAGUGAGUGGCGGCUGUACUGCGUGCGCGGAGAGGUGCCCGUGGAAGGGAAUUUGCUGGAAGUGGCCUGUCACUGUAGCAGCCUGAGGUCCAGGACUUCCAUGGUGGUGCUCAACGUCAACAAGGCCCUCAUCUACCUGUGGCACGGAUGCAAAGCCCAGGCUCACACGAAGGAGGUCGGAAGGACCGCCGCGAACAAGAUCAAGGAACAAUGCCCUCUGGAAGCAGGACUGCAUAGUAGCAGCAAAGUCACAAUACACGAGUGUGAUGAAGGCUCCGAGCCACUCGGAUUCUGGGACGCCUUGGGAAGGAGAGACAGGAAAGCCUAUGAUUGCAUGCUUCAAGAUCCUGGAAGUUUUAACUUCGCACCCCGCCUGUUCAUCCUCAGCAGCUCCUCUGGGGAUUUCGCGGCCACGGAGUUUGUGUACCCUGCCCGAGCCCCGUCUGUGAUCAGUUCCAUGCCCUUCCUGCAGGAAGAUCUGUACAGUGCGCCCCAGCCAGCACUUUUCCUUGUUGACAAUCACCACGAGGUGUACCUCUGGCAAGGCUGGUGGCCCAUUGAGAACAAGAUCACUGGUUCUGCCCGCAUCCGCUGGGCCUCCGACCGGAAGAGCGCGAUGGAGACCGUGCUCCAGUACUGCAAAGGGAAAAAUCUCAAGAAACCACCCCCCAAGUCUUACCUUAUCCAUGCUGGCCUGGAGCCCCUGACAUUCACGAAUAUGUUUCCCAGCUGGGAGCACAGAGAGGACAUUGCUGAGAUCACAGAGAUGGACACAGAAGUUUCCAAUCAGAUCACCCUCGUGGAAGACGUCUUAGCCAAGCUCUGUAAAACCAUUUACCCGCUGGCCGACCUCCUGGCCAGGCCACUCCCGGAGGGGGUUGAUCCUCUGAAGCUUGAGAUCUAUCUCACCGAUGAAGACUUCGAGUUUGCACUAGACAUGACACGGGACGAAUACAACACCCUACCCGCCUGGAAGCAGGUGAACCUGAAGAAAGCAAAAGGCCUGUUCUGAGUGGGGAGAUGCCAGAGGAACCUCGGAGUCACGUCCAGUACCAUCGCACCAGGGAAAUGGAUAUAUAUUUUUGGACUGGUGUUUUCCACAAAGUAUUUUUCAAUUAGAGUUUUCAGAACCCAACAUUGUUAAAGAUACUACUUGUCCGGGAGUUGUGUAUUUUGUAAAUGCUCAAGAGAACUGUUUGGAAACUUCUUUCCACCAUUCAGCGGGUUAUCAGAAUUAAUAAAAGUAUCUAUUAUGUGCACUUAAGCCGCAGCUGCUAUAGAUAGCACUGCCUUCUUGUUCCAGCUAGGCAAUGCCUCUUUUUUUUUUUUUGAAGCAGUUCUCUUUAUAAAGUGUUAUUUUGAUAGUUUGUGGAUUCUAAAAUAUAUAUAUAUAUUUAUAUAAACACCAUAUAAGUCAAAUAUGUAUUUAACAAAGCAAUAUGUAUUCAUUCACUUUCAAGAUUUGUUUUGGUGUCAAAAUAAUAUGAAAAGGUAGAUGGAGUUGCUUCUGUUGAAUUAGCUCUGCCACCAAUACGUAUCUUCAUACACGUUUGGAAACGUUUCCUGCAGCAUUAGGUAUGACUUGUUCUGAGUACUGCUUCCGGUGCUAAAAUGAACAAAGAAUUUGUACUUAAUGGCAUGGACUCUGGAGAAUCUAUGCGAAUCAGCCUUUCUACCUUAAUAUCUCCCCCAAAAUGUAUAGUGCCUUGUUUUUAUGUACAGUUUCUAUACAGAACAGUUUGCUCUGCGUCUUUGAUGAUGGUUUGGAACAUUACCUACGAUUUUACUCUCAAAUAGUCAAAAUAAAAACAUCUCAAUUUCUAAUACCUCUUGUAAACAGUACACAUGUCAUUUUGUGAUACAGGACUCCCAAAUAAAAGCAUCAGAAUAAACACAACAAUGAACUGA